AUGACCGUCUCACUUGCCGAGCUAGAUGCUCACGAGCAACCAUCAGAUGAAAUGCGCACAGAAUGGAAACACUUUUCUCGCUUAGAGCCGUCUGUUCUAGUGCAGGAUCCCAGGAUCGAUGACCCUCGACUCCCACUAUCUGAGAAUGGAUUCCAGACCGCAGGACAGAUUACAAAGAGUCAAAUAGCCGAUGCAUUUGCAGAACUGGGAGAUGAAUUCAGAGAGUUUGCUGAUGGUGAUGUUCCCAUCAUUUAUCACUCGUUGCUACCUGGUCUCCUGGUAGUACCAAAUCUCGUUCCACCAACCAUACAAAAAGCACUUCUAUCAAAAAUGCUCCACAGAGACCUAUCCAACCCCAAACACCAAACCAACAUGCACCUUCACUACACCCUCCCCUACCCAUCACCCUCAGACCCAAACCCAAAUCCUCUUCACCCAUCCUUCUUCACCCUCUCCCCCGACUCCUCCACAACAUUCACGCCCAAAGACCCAACCGUCCACAAGCCCCUCACCCCACGACAAGUCCUCAACCGCCGCCUCCACUGGGUGACCCUCGGUGGCCAGUACGACUGGACGAACCGCGUGUACCCAGACUCCGAACCGCCCCGUUUCCCUGCCGAUCUAUCCCAGUUCCUAGAGAAGCUGUUCCCCGAAACACUUGCCCAGGCGGCGAUUGUGAAUUUCUACAGCCCCGGAGAUACGAUGAUGAUGCACAGGGAUGUGAGUGAGGAGACGGACAGGGGACUCGUGAGCUUGAGCUUCGGCUGCGACUGUUUGUUCAUGAUUGCGCCGAAUGGAGGGGCUCUACAGGAUGAAGGAAAGGGAGUUGGGAAUGGUGAAGGAGACAAGAAAUAUCUGUUGCUGAGGUUGCGCUCCGGUGAUGCUAUUUACAUGACUCAGGAGUCGAGAUAUGCUUGGCACGGUGUACCGAAGGUACUCAAGGGGACGUGUCCAGAGUACUUGGAGAAUUGGCCAGCUGAGAAUGGGGAAUAUCCCGAGUGGGAGGGAUGGAUGAAGAAUAAGCGGAUUAAUUUGAAUGUGAGGCAGAUGAAGGACUAG